CGGGCGCGGCGGCGUCAAGAUGGCGGCGGCGGCGGUGGCUGCGGCUGCGGCGGCAGCAGCGGCCGCAUCUCUUCAGGUGCUGGAGAUGGAGAGCAUGGAGACCGCCGCCGCCGGCUCGGCAGGGCUGGCCGCCGAAGUCCGAGGCAGCGGCACGGUGGACUUCGGAUCUGGGCCCGGCAUAUCUGCAAUGGAGGCGAGCGGGGGCGAUCCGGGCCCGGAGGCCGAGGAUUUCGAGUGCAGCUCUCACUGCUCGGAGCUGUCUUGGAGGCAGAACGAGCAGCGGCGCCAGGGCCUCUUCUGCGACAUUACCUUGUGCUUCGGCGGCGCGGGAGGCCGCGAGUUCCGGGCCCACCGCUCGGUGCUGGCCGCCGCCACCGAGUACUUCACGCCCCUGCUCUCGGGCCAGUUCUCGGAGUCCCGCUCGGGCCGAGUGGAGAUGCGCAAGUGGAGCUCCGAGCCUGGGCCCGAGCCCGACACGGUGGAAGCCGUUAUCGAAUACAUGUACACCGGGCGCAUCCGUGUCAGCACGGGCAGCGUGCACGAGGUGCUGGAGUUGGCCGACAGGUUCCUUUUAAUUCGUUUAAAAGAAUUUUGUGGAGAAUUUCUCAAGAAAAAACUUCAUCUCUCUAAUUGUGUAGCCAUUCAUAGCUUAGCUCACAUGUAUACCUUGAGCCAGCUUGCUCUGAAAGCUGCCGAUAUGAUACGGAGAAAUUUCCACAAAGUAAUUCAGGAUGAAGAAUUUUAUACCUUACCUUUCCAUCUCAUUCGAGACUGGCUGUCGGACUUGGAAAUUACAGUGGAUUCCGAAGAGGUUCUCUUUGAAACAGUUUUGAAAUGGGUUCAGAGAAAUGCUGAAGAGAGAGAAAGAUACUUUGAAGAACUUUUUAAAUUGCUCAGAUUGUCCCAGAUGAAACCUACUUACCUUACUCGGCAUGUCAAACCAGAGAGGCUGGUGGCCAAUAAUGAAGUUUGCGUCAAGUUAGUGGCCGAUGCAGUAGAGAGGCAUGCUCUGAGGGCUGAAAACAUACAGUCUGGCACCUUCCAGCAUCCCGCCUCUCAUGUCUCCUUAUUACCUCGCUAUGGGCAAAACAUGGACGUGAUCAUGGUUAUUGGAGGCGUGUCAGAAGGAGGGGAUUAUUUAAGUGAAUGUGUGGGCUAUUUUGUCGAUGAGGACAGAUGGGUAAACCUGCCCCAUAUUCAUAAUCACCUUGAUGGACAUGCUGUUGCAGUAACAGAGUCCUAUGUGUAUGUUGCUGGAUCAAUGGAACCAGGGUUUGCUAAAACUGUGGAAAGAUACAACCCAAAUUUGAAUACGUGGGAACAUGUUUGUAGUCUGAUGACAAGGAAGCAUUCUUUUGGGUUAACAGAAGUCAAAGGGAAGCUCUACAGCAUUGGAGGACAUGGCAACUUUAGUCCUGGCUUCAAAGAUGUGACUGUUUAUAAUCCUGAGCUUGAUAAAUGGCACAACUUGGAAUCGGCACCAAAGAUUCUUCGAGAUGUCAAAGCGCUAGCCAUUGAAGACCGGUUUGUGUACAUCGCUGCCCGCACUCCUGUGGACCGGGACACAGAAGACGGAUUAAAGGCUGUAAUUACUUGCUAUGAUACAGAGACUCGACAGUGGCAAGAUGUGGAAUCUUUGCCACUUAUUGACAAUUACUGCUUUUUCCAAAUGUCCGUGGUCAAUUCAAACUUUUAUCAGACAGCAUCAUGCUGUCCUAAGAGUUAUUCUUUAGAAAAUGAAGAGGCAGUAAGAAAAAUUGCCAGCCAAGUUUCCGACGAGAUCCUUGAAAGCUUACCUCCAGAAGUCCUAAGCAUCGAAGGAGCAGCCAUCUGCUAUUACAAAGAUGAUGUUUUCAUUAUUGGAGGCUGGAAAAACAGUGACGAUAUUGACAAACAGUAUCGGAAAGAAGCCUACCGGUAUUGUGCUGAAAGAAAGCGGUGGAUGCUUCUUCCCCCCAUGCCACAGCCGCGUUGUAGAGCCACUGCUUGCCAUGUGAGAAUCCCAUACCGGUACUUGCAUGGCACCCAGAGAUACCCUAUGCCUCAAAACUUAAUGUGGCAGAAGGACCGGAUCAGACAGAUGCAAGAAAUACAUCGGCACGCCCUAAACAUGCGACGAGUGCCGAGCUCUCAGAUUGAAUGCUAGGUUCUCUGAUAGGUGCGGCUUCAAACAGUUGUACCUGUUUUGUGAGGCUGAGGAUACCCAGACUGUUACUUGAAAAAGUAUGUCGAUAACUUAUUUUCUACCUAAACUGAUUAUUGUCCCAUAUAAAGGAAAUAGAGUUAAAAAACUGAAGAAUGGGAAACUCGAUUUACUAUGUGGUAACUUUUGUUGGUUUGUAGUCUUUUUCUGUCUUUGGUUUGUGUGGAUGUGCUAGCUAAAUGAGAUCUUAUUAAUGAUAAGUGGAAAACCCAGGGAUAGUCACUUGGCUGUUUUUCCGCCAACAAGUUAAAACUCCUUUGUCUUAGGGACUUACUGUUUUGAACAUGCUUUAAGCAACAGUUUAUUUGCAUGUUUACUUUGAUAUUCCUUUUGAUUUUCUCCUGAAUGGCUGGUUUUGAAAAGGGCAGAAUUUAUGCAUUGAGCCCUCAUCUGCAGGAGGUAUGUGCAAUAGUGAGACUGAGAUUUGAAGGGAAAAGCACAAUAUUUCAGCGAGAUGAUUUCAGAAUAUUUGCAUUGAUAUUUUGUUGUAUGUGCUUAUCUAGAAAUUCUGUUUUGCUU